GUUUCUCAAGAUGAAACAGAUUUAAUUAAGACAGAAUCAAGCUCAAACCGUGCCAUUACCAGUACAGAUAACAACUCUACUACGAGUGAAAUAUCGGAGGACCAGUCAAAGGGUGCAGAUGAAAAAACUAUAGUAAAAAAGAGCUUCACCCGCCUCAGGACGACGGUGACUGCUUUGGAGGAAUCUCACCUUGUUGGGCGAGAGAAAGAAAAGGAUGAGAUUGUCAAAUUAAUUUCAGAUCAACCUACCCAAGAAUUCCAGGUGAUCACUGUGUGGGGAAUGGGUGGUCUUGGAAAAACCACUCUAGUCAAAGAUAUCUACCAAAACCAAGAGCUGAGUAGCAUGUUUGAGAAGCGUGCUUGCAUCACAGUUAUGCAUCCUUUCAAUCUUGAAGGUCUUCUUAGAAGCUUAAUUAUGCAACUAGAUAGAGAAUCUUCUGAAAAGAAGGAUGUGGCGGGUUUGAUGGGCAGCACAAAGAACAUACUAUUAUUGAUGCCACUUGCAGAAUUGAGCAAGGAACUGGCAAGGCUUUUAGAAGGAAAGAGGUGCUUGAUUGUUCUUGAUGAUCUCUCAUCUACCGCAGAGUGGAACAUGAUAAUACCAAUUUUCCAUGGAAUGGAAAAAACAAGCCGGAUCAUAGUCACCACAAGGGAAAAAAAUAUUGCUGAUCUUUGUUCAGAGAACAAAGAAAAUAUAUACAUGCUCAAAAAUCUAGAAUACAAGGAUGCACAUGACCUCUUCACUAAGAAGGUAUUCAAGGAGAUUACAGAUUUGGAUACACAAUAUCCUGAGCUGGUUGAACAGACAGAACUCAUCUUGAGGAAGUGUGGUCGGCUCCCUCUUGCAAUAGUCACCAUAGGCGGCUUCUUGGCUAGCCAACCAAAAACCUCUUUGGAAUGGAGGAAAUUGAAUGAUCAUAUCAGCGCCGAGUUGGAGAUGAAUCCAGAGCUUGGGACUAUAAGGACUGUACUUAUGAGAAGCUAUGAUGGUUUAUCGUAUCACCUCAAGUCAUGUUUCCUAUAUAUGCCCAUCUUUCCUGAAGACUACAAGGUUGGCCGGGGACGUUUGGCACGUCGGUGGAGUGCAGAGGGUUACACAAGGGAGAUGCGCGGCAAGACCGCGGAGGAAAUAGCGGAUACUUACUUCAUGGAACUUAUAAGUAGGAGUAUGAUCCUACCAUCUCAACAAUCCCUUCAUAAUGCAAAAGGAAUUGAUUCCUGCCAAGUCCACGAUCUUAUUCGUGAAAUUGGUGUCUCAAAGUCAAUGGAAGAAAAUCUUGUUUUUACACUGGAGGAAGGUUGCAGCUCAAAUAGCCAAGCCAUGGUGCGCCACCUAGCUAUAAGCAGCAACUGGAAUGGAGACAAGCGUGAGUUUGAGAGCAAAGUGGACAUGUCCCGUCUCCGGUCAAUUACAUGUUUUGGUGAGUGGAAGUCAUUUUACAUUUCUCGCCAGAUGAGGUUGCUACGAGUGUUGGACCUGGAAGACAUAACAACAACUCUACAUGAUCAUCACCUGAAGCAUAUUGGGAAGCUUCUUCACCUAAGAUAUAUUUCUCUAAGAGGAUGUCUUGGUAUUACUCAGCUGCCAGAUUUAUUGGGUGACCUCAGACAGUUGGAGACACUAGACAUUAGAGAUACCAACAUAUUGAUGUUGCCAAAGACCAUCAUCAACCUUCAGAAGCUAAACUAUCUUCGUGCUGGGAAGACAUCGAAGGAUGAGCGGUUCUCCUGGGAUAUGUCAGAGGAUUUGCCACAGGCAUUGAAGAACCGACUCUGCAAUUUACUUUUAUGGAUGGCGGGAUGUUGUUAUAUACUGUAUCUUGAUGAUGAACAGAAUACCAUGCGCCACCGAACUGUAUGCACUUACUUUUGCUUUUCCUUGCUCCCUGCUGUUGUGAUGCGCCUGGAAUUGGAUGGUGUGCUAGUGCAAAGAGGAAUGAGAAAACUUAAAACCCUGCACACACUGGGUGUUGUGAACAUCGGACAACGAGGGAAGCUCGUUCUACAGGACAUAAAAGAACUCACGCAGUUGCGCAAGUUUGGAGUGACUGGCGUCAAGAAGGAGAACGGACAAGAGUUGUGCUCAGCAAUUGUUGGUCUCAGCCGGAUGGAGUCAUUGUCAAUCCGGUCAGAGGGGGAGCCAGGUCUAUGUGACUGCUUGGAUGGAAAAUUCUCUUUUCCAGAGGCACUGCAGAGCCUCAAGCUGUACGGCAACCUGGUCAAACUGCCGGAAUGGGUCCAGGGCCUCAAGAAUCUGGUGAAGCUGAAGCUGCGGAGCUCCAGGAUAACAGAGCAUGAUACAACAAUACAACUCCUUGGGAAUCUACCCCAUCUGGAGUUCCUGCAUAUGUUGGAGAAG